CCUUGGCUUGGCUCCUCUCUUUUCACUCUCUCCUCUAUCUCUCUAAAACCCCUAUAAAACUGACUUCACUCUCGCUCUCGCUCUCACUCUGAUCCUUUCUCUCCGCAGAAUUUAACACUUGCUCCAAACACGGACUGUUCAUGGAAACAACAAGAUUCGUUCUUGAUUUCCUCAAUUUUUUUUGUUCAUCUGAAAAUGUGUAACUGAAAGUGUACUGGGCUGGGCUUAUUCAGAUGAAAUCUUGAACCCUAUUUUAAGUUAGUUUUGUUUAUCUGAGAUAGAGGGACUAGUUUUCCAGAAGAAUCAUUGGUGGAUUUUCGUUAAUUAAUUCAAGAAAUCUCCUUUUUUGUCGUUGGUUUCUGUAAAUUUGAUUUUACGUACAUUUGUAUAUGUCCUGAUUACUGAUAGCUACUCGGAGAGAUGAUACCGGAAUUGGGCGCGGGAGGUGAUUAUAAUGAGGAGGCGGUGAGUGAUCGAGGUAGGGAGCUGAGCCUUCUCCGCAGCGGCUCUGCCCCGCCGACCGUGGAGGGAUCUUUGGGCGCCGCCUUUCUUGACGGCGCCGUUUCGGAGAUGGAGCUGAGGUCUGAUCCAGCCUACCGUUCUUAUUAUUACCAGAAUGUGAAGCUGAACCCGCGCCUGCCGCACCCGCUUCCUAAUAAAGAGGACCGCCUUAUGCAGAGGCCAAGUGGGAGCUUGACAUUUGGCCAUGGAGGCAGAGGCGGAGGUGGAGGCGAGUCCCUCUUCGCUAUGCAGCCGGGGUUUGGGGGUUUGGAGGAGGAGAAAGCAAUGCAGGGGAAAUGGGGUGGUGAUAGAGUGAUUGGAUAUCCAGGAAUGGGGAUGGGGAGUAAGCAGAAGAGCAUUGCGAAUAUGGUUCAGGAUUGCGUAGGAUAUCCGAAAACUGUUUCUAGACAUCCUUCUCUCAUGGCCAGCCAAGCUUUCGGAGAAGCUGAAUCGUCUGAAAUACAUGUGGGUUUCCAUCAUGAGUUGGCACCAUUAAGUGCAGUACAUUCUGGCACGAAUAUGCAAAGCAUCAGUUCAUCAACUUCUCAAAGUUAUGCCUCUGUCAUGGGUGCUUCAUCAAGAAAUCUUACUCCUGACCUUGUCAGAUCGCCUAGUCCUCGCAUUUCUGCUCUAAGCGGUGAUAGAAUGAGCUCAUUGGACCAGAGAUAUGUAAACAUUCAGGACUUAUGUGAUGAAAUUUCACCUGAGACAGUACCAUCUGUAGAUAUCAUCACUUCUUUGUCAGGCUUGAGCCUAUCAUCGGGCACCAUGGGGGAUGUGAGGAAAUAUCAAAAACCUCGACGGCAUGAUAGAAUUGAUGCUCAACAUAACCUCUUCCACUCGCAAAGUGAUAACGUUCCCCUCAAACAACAUCCUUAUUUGAAUGACACCUUGAGAGCACCAUCUAUGCCUACUUUGAAUUGUCGAGGAAGUUCUCCAACCCAGUAUCUUAACACUGCUAGUCCAACUUUCUCCUCGUCAAAAUUUGGUUUAGGAGGAUACCCUGCAUCACCAUUAGUGCUGGGCAAUCAAGUUGGUAGUGGUGAUAUUCCACCUUUGGUUGAUAAUGGCGCUCAUGCAAAAGCGCUUGGUAUAUCUGGAGUUGAUGCAAGAGCUUUAAAUGGAGGCUUACCAUUUGAAUCAGAUUUAUUUUCAGCUGCAGCUGAAUUAGAGAACUUUGCUAGACUUGGAAAUCAAAGCGCAGUGGAUGCUUUGCCAAUGGCACUUACAGAUCCAUCAUAUCUGCUUCAUUAA